AUGUCUGCUUUGGGAGAAAGCAAAACGGGCGAUAUCAGGCAAGAGGCGGAGCCCAUGCACCUAGAGCGCGUCACUAGCGAUGUUGAGGACUUGAAAGCUGCCCAAGUGGGUGAUCGUGUUGAUGAUGAGGUACAGAAGUAUGCUGCCAUGGGUCGCGUGGAGAUUGACGAACCUACAAACCGCCGUCUUCGUCGUUUGAUUGACCGUCGGGUGUUGUCAAUCAUGGUUUUCACUUAUCUGGUUCAAGCACUCGACAAGGGAACGUUGUCUUUUACUUCCAUCAUGGGCUUUCUUGAUGAUACACAUGUUGACACAAACCAAUACGCAUGGCUCUCGACAAGCGUUUAUAUCUCCAUUUUGGUGGUCGAGUAUCCGACAAAUUGGAUAAUUCAACGAGUGCCUAUUGCCAAAUACCUUGGAUGCAACAUCAUAAUUUGGGGGUCUAUUCUCGCUAUGCAUUCCACUGUGAAGAACUUCGGGGGUAUUCUUACAGUGCGGAUCCUGCUUGGAGUUUUUGAGGCAUGCGCUCAACCGAGUUUCGUUCGCCUGUCGAGUAUGUGGUAUAAGCGUUCCGAGCAGGCACAAACUGUGACAUUCUGGUAUAUGAUGAAUGGAUUUCAGCAAAUGAUCGGUGGUCUCCUGGCAUAUCUCUUCAGCCUGAUCGGUGCCGACAAAGUGCUCAAAUCAUGGCAAGCUCUCUUUAUUACCUACGGUUGUUUCUCAGUCCUUUUCGGCGUCUUUGUUCUUAUAUUUAUGCCGGACUCUCCUAUGACAGCCACAUGCUUCUCGGAAGAGGAUAAAAGACUCAUGGUGGAACGCGUGCGAGAUAACCGGACAGGAAUCCAAAACAAAAAGUUUCGAAAGUACCAGGUUCAUGAGGCCUUGAAAGAUCCUCAGACGUGGUGCUACUGUGGAAUUCAACUCUUUACUACGAUGCCGACCAGUGGACUGGGUACGUUCGCCAACAUCAUCAUUAAAGGGUUCCACUUUACAACCCUCCAGACUCAAUUGCUAUCUAUGGUUCUGGGAGCAUACAUCAUUCUUGUUCUCCUCACAUCGGCAUGGUUGGUGAAGAAAACUGAACAAAACUUGAUCGUUAUGGCUGCUUAUUGUAUACCCUCGUUUAUUGGCACGAUUGUUCUUAUGACAGUUCAGAACACGACAUUGGCAACGAAGACAGGCUUGUUGAUUAGUUAUUAUAUCACACUGUCAUUCUGGGCGGCGCAAACCUUGACAUUAUCGUUGAUUUCCCGCAAUAUUGCGGGCCAAACAAAAAAGUCCACUGUCAUUGCAGCCAAUUUUAUAUCUUGGGCAAUUGGAAAUGCGAUCGGGCCUCAAAUCUUCCGAUCCAAUGAUGCACCGCGAUAUUUUACAGCUUUUAGUGUUCACCUUGGGUGCUACACAAUUUUGGAAUGUAUCUUACUGUACCUCAGGUUCCAUCUCAAAAAGCAAAAUGCAAAGAAGGAUGAAUUAGAGGGGGUGGAUGAGGAUUCUCCUGUUGGCAAUGACCUCGAUGGCUUUGAAGAUCUGACAGACAAGGAAAAUAUUCGAUUCCGAUAUGUUUACUAG